AUGGACCGAAAUGUUCUGGAAAGUUUCCUAAAGGAAGAAAAUAUUAGUACACCACUUGAACUAAUAGACAGCACCACGAAGGCGUGCGAAAAAGCUAUGCCCAAGAAAGGAAUACGCAAGAAAGCACCGGUAUACUGGUGGAAUGAGCAAAUAAGAGAGAAGAGAGAUUUCUGCACCAAAUGCCGGAGAAAAUACACUCGCCAGAGACGAAAAAAGUACAUAAACAUCUCCAACAAAGAGGAACAAAACGACGAAGAAAUAAGACUUAGAGAGGAAUACAAGUCCGCAAAAAUAGCUCUACAACUGGCUAUAUCAAAGUCGAAAGAAAAACAGUGGAAAGAACUUUGCGAAGAAGUAGACAAAGAUACUUGGGGCUUGGGUUACAGAAUAGUCACCAAUAAAUUGCGACGACAACCCCCAAGUCUAAAUAUGGCACUGAUUAGAUCAGCGGUCGAUGUCCUUUUUCCUAUCCACGACGACUUCUGCCGGAUUGCAGAAGAUGCUUCUCAAACAGUUGAAGUGACUACAGAAGAGAUCAAGUCAGCUGCAAAAAGCCUGUGUGAACUUGAGGAAGAGAGAGUGAAGGCCAGAGGUUUGGACAAGGAUGGUGAAAAUGUAGCGCUUCAUGUUCAACAGCAUAGACAUUUGAAACGGGACUGUCCUAAGAGAAAAGCCAUCGAUAAUGAUCAGAGUGGGGGUCAUGCGUUUAUAAGUCAUACAAGUAUAGAAUAUACUCCUCAACAGAACGGUAAAGCUGAGAGGGAGAUUAGGACAUUGGUAGAAUCAGCGAGGUCUAUGAUAAGUAGUAAGAAUUUACCUAAAGAGUUGUGGGCUGAAGCCAUUAAUAAUGCAGUGUAUAUCAUCAAUAGGACAGGCAAAAGUAAGGUAGAAGAUAUUAUGAUAGAAAUACCAGAGAUGACACAGAGAGAAGGAGAUUCUACAUCGAGUGAAAGUCAGGAAACAGAAGACGAGUACCUUGAGCUAGAGAAUGUGUCAAAUCCAACAUUGACAACAGGAGAAGACUCUAGUAGUGAAGAGGAAAUAGUGACAAGCAGAGGUAGAAGAGUUGUAAGACCAGGAUGGCAAAAGAAUUAUGAUUUAGGUUUUGCGGUAUGGGGUGAGGAGCCUAAGAGUUAUAAAGAGGCCAUGCAAAGUACUGACUCUGACAAAUGGAAAGAAGCUAUAAGCUAUCUUGAAGACAGACGCGUCAAAGUUAAAGAUUGUACGGGAAAAGAGGAUGUUAUUAAAGUCAGCAGUGGGGUGCCCCAAGGAUCAAUCCUAGGGCCGACUCUCUGGAACAUUCUAUACGACGGGGUUCUCCACCUUAAACAGGAAGAGGGCAUCCAGCUAGUGGGUUUUGCCGACGAUCUGGCGCUAGUAGUUGUUGCAAAUACAGAGAAAUCUCUCAUGACUAGGGCAAACACAGCGCUCCGACGAAUCAAUGCAUGGAUGAAGGAAAAGAAGCUUGCUUUAGCACCUGAGAAGACUGAGGCUAUUGUUUUUAGCGGAAGGCGGAAACUAGAUCCAAUAAAGUUUGUAGUUGAGGAUAUGGCAGUUGCUCCUAAAGAGCACGUUAAAUACCUCGGGGUGUGGCUCGAUAAAAGCCUCAACUACAAAAAACACGUUGAAGAGGUCGCCAAAAAAUCCCAAAACUUGGUCGAGGCACUGCACAAACUGAUGCCAACAAGAGGGGGACCUAGAGCGAGCAAGAGGAGAGUACUGGCUUCGGUAGCUCACUCCGUUAUUCUCUACGGAGCGCCGAUUUACGAAAAUACCAUGAGAGUCGAACUGUAUCGGAAAAAAUUAGAGGCAGUACAGAGGCGGAUGGCAAUAGGCAUAACUCCAGUUAUGCCUAUUGCCAUCCGCCAUUGCAUAUAG